ACACUACUACAUUUUCCGAAGAGGAACUACAAUCCCCCAAACCCCCUUGUUUAAAGCCGACCGUAAACAGAAAGCGGAAACAAUAGAGAACCACAUACACACACCCUUGUCUUGGCGAUCUACUCAGGGAAAUAAAAUACCUUUACCUUUUAAGCAAUACUAUUAAAUAGACAUCUAAAGAAAAUACGAAGUCGACGAGUACUUGGGGGCAUUUGACUAAGUCGGUCACCAUGGCACUGAAAAGAAUACAGAAGGAGCUUCAUGACCUGCAGAGGGAUCCGCCAGCACAGUGCUCUGCUGGACCCGUGGGAGAGGACUUGUUCCAUUGGCAAGCAACAAUAAUGGGGCCAGGUGAUAGUCCAUACCAAAGUGGUGUCUUCUUUCUCACAAUCCACUUCCCCACCGACUAUCCCUUCAAGCCACCAAAGGUAGCAUUCACAACAAAGAUCUAUCAUCCAAAUAUCAACAGUAACGGGAGCAUCUGCUUGGACAUCUUGCGAUCCCAGUGGUCUCCAGCAUUAACUGUAUCAAAAGUUCUGUUGUCCAUAUGUUCGUUGCUUUGUGACCCGAACCCGGACGACCCCUUAGUUCCAGACAUAGCACAGAUCUACAAACUAGACAAAGAGAAAUACAACAGACUAGCAAGAGAUUGGACUCAGAAGUAUGCAAUGUAAAGGCCCUCCUGAAGAUUUUUUUUUAAGUCACAAAACACUGUAUAUUCUGGUAAUAGAAAGUAAACUUAGGUGAUAUGGAACACAUUGUAGUGUCAACAUUUAUCAUGUGAACCCAUGGACUAUGGAUGAUGUUGUGUUUACAGGGGGUAUACACUGCACAUAUGUACAUUAAGGGUGAUAGAUAUGGGGGACAACAACUGGACAUUGUUGUUAUCCCUACUUCCUGGUUUUGGGAACUUUUGUUUCUCGUCUCAUGAAUGGAAGAGGAAGUCAUUAGAAUACUGUAGCCCACGGUUACAUUCAGAAUACUGUAGCCUGCUGUUCCAGUCAUCAGAAUACUGUAGCCCACGGUUACAUUCAGAAUACUGUAGCCUGCUGUUAGUCAUCAGAAUACUGUAGCCUGCUGUUAGUCAUCAGAAUACUGUAGCCUGCUGUUAGUCAUCAGAAUACUGUAGCCUGCUGUUAGUCAUCAGAAUACUGUAGCCUGCUGUUAGUCAUCAGAAUACUGUAGCCUGCUGUUCCAGUCAUCAGAAUACUGUAGCCUGCUGUUAGUCAUCAGAAUACUGUAGCCUGCUGUUCCAGUCAUCAGAAUACUGUAGCCUGCUGUUAGUCAUCAGAAUACUGUAGCCUGCUGUUAGUCAUCAGAAUACUGUAGCCUGCUGUUCCAGUCAUCAGAAUACUGUAGCCUGCUGUUCCAGUCAUCAGAAUACUGUAGCCUGCUGUUAGUCAUCAGAAUACUGUAGCCUGCUGUUCCAGUCAUCAGAAUACUGUAGCCUGCUGUUAGUCAUCAGAAUACUGUAGCCUGCUGUUCCAGUCAUCAGAAUACUGUAGCCUGCUGUUCCAGUCAUCAGAAUACUGUAGCCUGCUGUUAGUCAUCAGAAUACUGUAGCCUGCUGUUACUCAUCAGAAUACUGUAGCCUGCUGUUCCAGUCAUCAGAAUACUGUAGCCUGCUGUUCCAGUCAUCAGAAUACUGUAGCCUGCUGUUACUCAUCAGAAUACUGUAGCCUGCUGUUCCAGUCAUCAGAAUACUGUAGCCUGCUGUUAGUCAUCAGAAUACUGUGGCCUGCUGUUAGUCAUCAGAAUACUGUGGCCUACUGCUACAGUACAACAUACUCAUGGCUCUGCUGACUGUCACCCAUAAAGAGGGAAAUUGAGGAAUCAAACCAGUUUUGUUUUUAUUGUAUCAAACUAUUCUGGACCUACUUUAGUUGUUUUAGCAUUAAGUCAGAACUUGUAUCAUUAAAACAUUGAAAUACAUUCUCUGCCAUUAACAGUGAUUUAGGGGCUUCAGUUAUGGCUAUGGCUUAUGCUGUUUAGCACUUUUGUAUAAUUAAAGAAUGGUACACUUUA